UACCAACAGCACCGAUGGCAGACGACUACCACCUCCACCACCACCUCCUCACCACCAUCAUCGGCAACACCCUCAUCAUCAUCCUAGCAGCAGCGAUAUCCACAGUCGCACCGGUGGUCGUGACGCGGCGACCGUGACCUAUCCUCCUCCUCCGAUGGACCGGUACCCUGCUUAUUUGCAGUCCCCGUCCGACUAUUCUUCUUCGAGAGGUCCACCGUCGUACUCUCACCACCAUCCUCCCAUCUCGCCUUCCCAGAAUGGUUACCUGCCACACCACCACCAUCACCAACAACAGCACUACGAUGACAGUCCAGGUCGAGGAGGAUCGCCUCAGUCCUCCAUCUCGCCCGCCAUCAAGUCUCAAAACGGCAGAGGAGGUGGUGGUGCCGGUGACACUUCCCCGCACGGGACUGGCAACAGCGCUUCGUCAUCCUCACUCGCCGCUUCAAUGAAACCCACUUUGAAACGUAAUCAAGCUUGCCUGCAAUGUCGCCGUCGCAAGCUCAAAUGCGAUGCCGCUCGACCGCACUGCAAGACCUGCGUGAGGUCCUACAACCACGCUCUUCGGGGUGCUGAUGCGAGCAGGAGGGAACGGAUCCGGGAACGUCAACGAGAGAGGGGUGAGGAGGAAGAAAAGGACGAUGCCGUGGUAGACGGGGUGGAAGACAAGGACGAACCCUCGGCUGAAUCCCUCAUCCCGGCCCUCUCUUGUACCUAUGAAGAUCCCACAGAGAUUCAGGCUAAACGACAAGAAUCCGCCGCGCUCACUCAGAAAAGGUAUGGUCAGCAGAUCGGAGCAGCCAGGAUUCUCGUCGAGGGGUUAGCUGGAGGGAGCGGGUUGGUGCGCGUGGACAGUUCGGGCGACGAGGUCUGGGAAACGGCGAGGCAUCCGGGUGGGAGGAAGAGGAGUGUGGGGAGUCUGAUGGGUGGGAGGAAUGGAACGCCAGAGUAUGGACGAGCUGGGAAGAGGAGGGAUACGAGCCAGACGCAUGAACAACAGCAAUAUAAUGGUGGAGGGGAUGGAAACGGGAGUCUGAGGGCAAGGCCGGGCCAUGCGGAACCUCAAGGACAGGCUGUCUUCAUCGAUCCGGGGCUCGUCAGGGAAGGAGGAGCAGGCUCUGGCUAUCCACAGACUUCUCCGGGAAGUACUUCGAGGCGUCCACCACUCCCUAUCUCUGAACCCGGUUAUCACCCCGGCGGGUAUCCGAACCAGCCUCCCAUCGACCCGUCCAUCUACCCCAAUGCAUAUCCUUAUGUCAACCAUUCGAACGGCGGCGGCAUGUCUCAAUCUCUGCCCGGCCGUGGACCACCUUGGGAGCCCAUGCCACCCUCCUCGCAUAGCGGCUACGAUGGUUACAAUUCGUCUUACGACCGGUCGUCCCUUAUGAAACCCGACUUCGCUCUGGGUCUAGGCUACCCCGGCACCGCUCAAAAUUACAUCUCUCCCGGUCCACCACCACAUAUGCUGGACGGUCUUGUCCCUCCUUCAUCCCGAUCGAACGGACCUCCAUUCGCCGAACCGCUCUUGCCCCCGCCUAUUUCUUAUGGACCGCCAGAGAGCUCGGCGAGAGAAUCUCUGCGUGGGGAAUCGAUUGCCGGUCCAGGGACACACGUUGACGGAGGGAACGGGAUGAUGAAUGGGGCGAACGGGUUGGCCUCGAUGGGCUCGAUGUCUGGAAGGAUGUCGACGUUUCCGGACGAGCCUAACGUUGGAGCUAGUGGCAUGUAUCACGGUUCGGAGCGCCACAGCCAGAACCACCAAAACAACCGCAACAAUCAAAACAAUGACAGCAAUGUCAGGAUGGCUCCGCCCUUUGACGUCAGUCAAUUGGACCCCCACUUGAGUCGGAAUGUGAGGGAAGAGCCGGGAUGGAACGGACGUGAGUCGGUACCAGGGGCGAUGCCUCAACAGCUAGUAAACGGUGAGGCCGAAGAGAAUGCUCAUUUGAAGAGCAAGAUCGCCUGGUUGGAAGCGGGAUUGAAGCGAGACGGCUCUCACCCUUCUCGAGGCGCACCUAGCAUCGGUUCGGUCGAUCCGAGAUCUACUUCUAGUAGCCGGGUGGAAAGCGUGACCGGCAUCUCUAACGGGACGUCUCAGACAGGGGGUCCUGAGGACGGAAACAUGCUGGCCUUGUUGUCUCAGGCGAUUGAUCAAUCGGGUUACGAACCCGUCACCGGGCAUACUGCGCCCAACGGUCAGCGGAAACGCAAUCUUGACGUGGGCCCUACGUUUCCCGGCAUCGUUACCCCUUUGAAACCGAAUACGAUCUUCGAGAUCGCACCUGCCGAGUCGUGGGCGACAACGAUCGAUUCGAGCCGGGCUCGGACGCUCGCCAAUAUCUUGAACGAGACGAACGACGUCGACAUGAGCGAUGUGAAACCUUUUGAGUUGUCAGGAUCGGAUGGGAUGGUGGGAGGUCAUGGCGAGGAGAAUUCGCAGGCGGACGCCGAGCCCGUCUUGUGGGACCUGUUGUGGCCCGGCUGGAACAAGAACUUGCCCAACCCAGAGCUCAUGGACCACAUCAUCGAGGUCUUCUUCCACCACGUGCCGACGGUGACGAGGCUGUUCCACUACGACACCUUCAAAGCGAGGAUGGCUCUACCCGCUACGCACAAGGACUUUCCUAACGUUGCCGUGCUUCACGGGAUUUGUGCGGCCUCGGCGCGAUAUACCGCUCGGGUGUUUACCUGCAAUCCAGAGGAUGAGCCUUGGCUACGAGCCGGGGAACACGUCGAGGAUCCGCAACGAGAAGAAGACUUUGGGAUUCGACACCAGCUCUUUGCCUGGCAAGCGAUCAAUACACAAUUGAAUCGGGGUGUACGUAUCUACGAGAGCGCUCAGGCCCUGAUCCUCCUCGCAAAUCAUCAUCACAUGUACGCGAGGUGGGCCGAAGGAUGGGUUUGUAUCGGGCUCGCUGCCCGGCUCAUGCCUCCUCUGGGACUCGGGAUGAGAGAGCGGGCGAACGCCGGGACAGGGCCGGCAGGGAAGGGUCCUUUCCUGUCGCCAUCCCUUAACGGCAUAGAGAGGGAGGAGAGGCGCGCGUUAUUCUGGGCAUCCGUCCUGUAUGACAUACAGAUCAGCGCCAGUUCAGGUUGGGCGGGUAUCCUUCAGCAAGACGAGAUCUUCGUACCGUUGCCAGCUAGCCUGGAAGCUUUUGAGGCUGGUGCUACCCAAGACGUCCCAGAAAGUGAUCAAACGCUGCACAGCCCGGAUCUGUGGUCCAGGCAUCCUGCUUGUGACGGUUUCGUCUUCCACGUCAAAGCCAUGUGCCUGUUUCAUCGUGUCAACAAAUUUAUACGACUUCUUAAAGCCAAACGUAGCAUUGGAGGUGCAGAGGUCGACGCGAGGGCGACCAAGGAGUUCCAGGAUCUAGACACCUCGAUCGCCACUUUCCUCCUCACAUUUCCCACGGAAUUACGCGACCCGCUGACCCCUUGUAGCGGUAAAAUCAAGAAGCCGAUAGAUGUGGACCUAUUCACCUCUCGAGUGGUACUUUACCAGGCGCAGACUUUCCUCCAUGAGCCCUUCGCCAACCUUGACAUUGCGGACGAUCCUUCCAACCAACGUCUGUUGGAUUCAUCUCGAAGCAUUCUGAAGAUGAUCUUUGCGAUCACUUCGACCUGCUUGGAUCUGUCCUUGAUCUCUCGGGCGGAUUUCGGCCUUCACACGGCAGCAAGGACGUUGGUCCUCUUUCUGAGACAUGCCGUACGCACGGGCGAUACUUCAGCCGGAACAGUGGAACAGUUGAGGAGCGAAGUCGAGGUAUUCCGUCUGGCAUUUAUCGCACAUGGCAAGAGAUUCCCUAUCGGUCUCCGUCACACCAAAGUCUUGGAGGCGAUGCUCGCUGGCUGUGCAAAGGAGGAACCUCCUGCCACGAACGGCCAACUUGCCAUCGAACCCGCGCACUCACAAAGCCCGGCAGACGCCAAGAUGGGCUUUGAUGGCCUCGAUUCCCUGAGCGAACGGUCUGUCGAUUCGACCAAGAUCCCAGGCUUGGAAUCGAUGAUCCCACCAGCUUCGACCAGAUCCGAGCCUAUCGCUCUUGAAUCCCCUGUGGUUUCAAUCGUCACGCCUCUGAGUAACGGCAACCAGCACAACGGCCGACCCGUGAAAAAGGAACCUGUCAUGCGUCUGGACACCAAACACGAGUCGGCAGACAUCUCACAGAACGACGUCCAAGUCGUGACGAACAACGGGAUCGCCUACAAACGCACCGUCUCAUCUUCGCCUAUCAUCCAGGCAUAAACAGUCUGGACACGACUGCACGAGUGAACAAUAGUAUAUACACAACACGUCUUGUUCGCUCUUAAUGAUAUCGAAUCCUCGCACCGUUACAACUUAUAUUACUCCACCAGUCUUGUAUCCUUAUGUAGCUGAUCCCAAGCCACGUCCACCUGUGUAUCGAUCGAUCUUUUCACCAUAUUGA